GCCGCAGCGUCACUGAGGCAGCUCUGUGCGCACUGGAAACCCAGAAUUCAAUUGGUGGAACCAGGAGGGAAGCCCCGGCCUUUUCUACUGCAGAAGGAGCAGUUUGAAAGAAACCGUGAGAGAGACGCCGCUGCCAAGACAGCAGCAGCAGCAGCAGUAGCAGUCUGCGCAGUUUAGAAAACGGCACAUCCCAAUCUGCUGCACGGCAUGAUGGACUUUACCAAAACUGCGUACUGACUCUGCAGGAUGCAACGCUGCAGCUUCGUAGUUCGUUAGACACAGAUAGAAACAAGCCCGUUCCGGACGUGUGCAGGAAUUUGACAGAGGAAUUAGGCCUAACCGGUCGCUGACCACAGCUGCGACAUUUGGUUUUCCCACUGAGAGUUCAUCCCUCCUCCCCUCUGGAGAGCCCUGCGCUGUGGCCUUGUAGCGGACAUGGGAAAUGUAAACAGUAGUCGGGCUGGAUUUUAAACUACACACACGUCUUACGUCCUCCUCUCGCCUCCACCUCCUUCUCCUCCCGGGGCGCCCGAGAUGGAGACGGAGAGGGUCGAGCCGGAGCAGCAGGGAGAGGCAGAGCCGCCCAUGCACAGCGUCCACGGAACCAACCGGAUCAGACCGUCCUCUUACCGGGCCCUGCGCAGCGCCGUGUCCAGCCUGGCCCGUCUAGAUGACUUCAACUGCGAGAAGAUCGGCGCGGGGUUCUUCUCUGAGGUGUUCAAGGUGCAGCAUCGUGUGUCGGGUCAGGUAAUGGCUCUGAAGAUGAACAUCCUGGCCAGCAACAGAGCCAACAUGCUCAGGGAGGUCCAGCUCAUGAACCGACUGGCGCACCCCAACAUACUCAGGUUUAUAGGAGUGUGUGUCCACGAGGGGCAGCUCCACGCCCUCACAGAGUACAUCAACGGUGGUAACUUGGAGCAGCUGUUGGGGAGUGACAUGUACCUGUCGUGGAGUGUGCGGAUGAUCCUGGCCCUGGACAUCGCCCGGGGACUGCAGUACCUGCACAGCAAGGGCAUCUUCCACAGGGACCUCACCUCCAAGAACUGCCUGGUGCGCUGGGAGGGCUGUGUGUGCUCAGCCGUGGUGGGAGACUUUGGCCUGGCGGAGAAAAUACCAGAUUACAGUGAGGAGGAACAGGAGCCUCUGGCGGUCGUCGGCUCUCCCUACUGGAUGGCCCCGGAGGUGCUCAGAGGAGAGGUGUAUAAUGAGAAGGUGGAUGUGUUUGCAUACGGGAUCAUCUUGUGUGAGAUCAUUGCGAGGAUACAGGCCGACCCCGACAUCCUACCACGCACUGAGGACUUUGGUUUGGAUGUGGACACCUUUCAACAGAUGGUGGGAGAUUGUCCUCCUGACUUCCUGGAACUGGCCAUUGCCUGCUGUAAUAUGAAUUCAAAGCUCCGUCCAUCCUUUUCCCAAAUUGUGGUGGAGCUGGAGAGGAGACAGGCUGAGAGGAAACAUAAGGAUGGACCAUCAGUCAAAGCCGUUUCUCCAGUCAUUGGUCCUCUACGAAGACGAUCCCUCUGCCUCCUGUCAGAUCCUCGACUCUCCCGUAGCAAAUCCGACAUGCUCCACCCCCCAAACAUGUCCCCCUCUGUUACUAUGGCAAUUCCUGCUCGGGUCAACCCCUUCUCUCAGAGGGAGGACCUCAAGGGAGGCAAGAUCAAGCUGUUCGACACUCCAAGCAAGUCUGUCAUCUCCCUUACCUUCACCCUGCCUCCUCCACCUGACUGCGACGACCCCUCUGUCUCCGAGUCUGACAGCGGUGAGGUACCAAGGAGGCACAGGCGCUGCCACUCGCUGCCUUGUACGCCUCCUCCGCACCUCACAUCAGCGCCGAACACAAUCCUUACAGAGCAGGAGUCCAUGUCUAAGGUAGACUCUGUAAAUGGAGAGACAAACCGAGUGAGUGAAGAAGAGAGCUUGUUAGGAGAAGAGAAGGCAGCUAGGGAAGGGAAUGGAACUGAUUCAGGCCUUCCUCUUUCCAUUGAACCCCUGUCGCUGGACCAAGAGGAGGAGGAGGAGGAGGAGGAGGAGAAGGAGAACAACGAGGAGGAGGAGCCCAUGGACUGUACCAGCUCCCCAGACACACAAGACAGCACGUCAUCUCCUUAUUCCAAACUCUCCUUUCCUCCGUCUGACUCCUCAACUCCCAUCCAACCCUCCACUCCUCCCUUCUCAAAUGGCUGGGGGUCGGCCAUCUCCAACGGGCCUCCAUGCUUACCUCCCCUCUCUCAUUUGGACAACAACAACGUGGUCAUUGGUCGACCCUUGGCAUGGAGCGCUGCCACCACCACCACCAGUGCUCCCACAACAACCAACAACAACAACGGCUACCACUUCCCUCCCAGCGACCCCGCUGGAUCGUCCCCAUUUGGCUCUGGCAGCGGACACUCUCUGGACCAGGAGGAAGUCCUCUCCUGUCCUGGCUGCUGCCUUGCUGGCCUUCGCUUUCCCUCAAUGUGUCCCCGAGCUCCACCACGCAGAAACCCCUACAAGAACUUGAACGGGGACCAUGCAGCUUCACGUGGGCUGCUUUGUCCGGGACCCAAGGGCCUGCCACCCUCCCCUACCCCCACGACCACCACCACCACCAACCUGGAGCCAGGACUCGCUUUGCCGGGGGCACAGACAUAAACCUCAACACCAAACGCAAACCGAAAAGAUUUGUGUAAACUCUGCACCAAAAGCUCAUCCCUGGAAAUUAAGUGGGUCUUGGAAGAAUUUGCACAUAUUUUAAUGCAGCAAUACCCUGCUUAUUUUCCAGACAAUCUUUUUGGUGCAAAACAGUUUACUAAAACACACUCCAGGCUGACUUUCUCCGUGAAAGCUGUAGGACAAGGUGCUGGUGACUUGUUGCACGUCGCCCUCUGCUGGGCUGAGGGCGACAUGUAGAUCUGACUGAUCUAUGUCAAGAGCAUGGAAACACUCCAGUUUGGGGUCCAGUCGGUUGGAUCCUCUAAAUGUGCAGAUGUAAAGAUUCGUAUGACUGAUAAUAUUGAUGAUGAUGUUCAAAUGAGGUGUGUGUGUGUGUGUGUGUGUGUGUGUGUGUGUGUGUGUGUGUGUGUGUGUGUGUGUGUGUGUGUGUGUGUGUGUGUGUGUGUGUGUGUGUGUGUGUGUGUGUGUGUGUGUGUGUGUGUGUGUGUGUGUGUGUGUGCGCUGUUUUUUGUUGCUGUGUGAUCUCUAUUGGCCCUUCUGGUUGCCUGGUUAAGCACUUCAACUGUAUUACUGAAACUAUUGAUGUUAUUACUUUUGGGAAUGAAUGGUCAAAGACCUGUAUAAGAGAUGUACAGAUUCUUAUUAUUUAAAGAAUGCAUUGAAUAAAAAAGAUAGAAUGC